AUGGCUUCUGGUGAAAUAGAAAAUUCAGACUAUCAGCAGAAACGAUGGCACAAUAUUAGAAAACUGUUAGAGAGGUCAGGUCCAUUUUGUCACCCAGAUUUUGAGCCUUCAGCCGAGAUACUAGACUUCAUUAUGAACUCCUGUAAAGUUCUUAUAGUCGGUGCUGGUGGUCUAGGGUGUGAAUUACUGAAAGAUUUGGCUUUAAUGGGGUUCAAGAAACUCCAUGUUGUUGAUAUGGAUACCAUAGAAUUAUCAAAUUUAAAUCGGCAGUUUUUGUUUCGUAAAAAUGAUAUUGGAUUAUCUAAGGCUAAGUGUGCAGUGGAAUUUGUUAACAAAAGAAUUCCUGGCUGUGAAGCUGUCGCUCAUCAUUGUCCCAUUCAAGACUUGGAUGAUGGUUUUUAUCGUCAGUUUCACAUAGUAGUCUGUGGUCUUGAUUCCAUUGUUGCUCGACGUUGGUUAAAUGGAAUGUUAAUGUCCUUGCUGCAGUAUAAUGAUGACAGAAGUUUAGAUCAAAGUAGUGUUAUACCACUUGUUGAUGGAGGGACAGAGGGUUUUAAAGGCAAUGCUAGGGUAAUUCUACCUGGUAUGAGUGCAUGUAUAGAGUGCACCCUAGACCUUUACCCACCACAGAAAACAUUUCCUUUAUGCACUAUUGCUAAUACUCCAAGAUUACCCGAACAUUGUGUUGAAUAUGUAAAGGUUCUACAAUGGUGUAAAGAAAAUCCAUGGGGUCCAAACACAGGGUUAGAUGGUGAUGAUCCACAACAUGUGGCAUGGGUGCAUGAAAAGGCUCAAGAGAGGGCUAUGAAGUAUGGCAUUGCCAAUGUAACAUAUAGACUAACUCAAGGAGUACUGAAGAAUAUCAUUCCAGCUGUUGCUAGUACAAAUGCAGCAAUUGCUGCAGCUUGUGCUACCGAGGUGUUUAAGUUGGCUUCAUCAUGCUGUGCCAACAUGAAUAAUUACAUGGUUCUAAAUAUGUCUGAUGGAGUGUACAGUUAUACAUUUAGUGCAGAAAAAAGGGUUGACUGUGUUGCCUGUAGUAACACAACUAGAGUCUUGGAGAUAGAACCAAAUGCUACGUUACAAGUCAUUUAUGAUAAAUUGUGUGAAGAUAAUGGAUAUUUAAUGAAAAGUCCAGGUAUAACAACAGUGAUAAAUGGACGUAAUAAAACAUUAUACAUGGCAUCUAUAAAGAGUAUUGAAGAAAAAACUAAAGACAACUUAAAGAGAAGGAUCACAGAAUUAGGUCUUUAUAAUGGUGCAGACCUGUUGGUGGCUGAUGUGACAACUCCAAACACAAUAACAAUAAAGCUAAAGUUUUCUGAUAGUAUAGAUGUUGACAUGUCCCGAUAA